AUGUCAUCGCUUUACAAAGAAAGACUUUUGUAUGAUGAAAUUGUAUUAUGGACAUUUCACAAAGGAAUUGUAAUGAUUUCUAAGCUGCUUGAGAAAGGUUGGUCGGAAGAAAUAAGUGAGGCAGGGAUAAAUUAUCCAACAGAAAAUAAAAUCAGAGCCACGAUUGACCGCGUCUACAUGUACGAUGUGAUCACUUUAAAGUCCAACACUCAACUAGGAGAACUGCAAACAAAAGAGAGAGAAUGUUGGUUUCAGAUUUGGUUACCAACACUACCAAAAACAGGUAAACAAGUGUAA